UCGGACGAAUUUACCUGAAGCGCAUCUGGCUCACUGGGGCUCUGAGUGGAAAUAUCUCUGAAAACAAAACAGUAAGGCGUCUACUUUAUCAUUCCUAGCAGUCUCUGUGGAUGAAACUUUCCAAAACAUAAGAGAAGAUGGCUCUGCGGGCUUGUGGGUUUAUAGUGUUCCGUCGCCUCGCCGGCCUCAACUCCCCUGCGGGGGACAUCGAGUAUCUCCUCUUGCAGACUUCCUACGGGGAGCACCACUGGACCCCACCCAAAGGUCACGUUGACCCGGGUGAGGAUGACCUCACCACGGCUCUGCGGGAGACCCAGGAGGAAGCAGGGCUGGGGGCGGAGCAUCUGAAGGUCAUCGACGGCUUCGUGCAGGAGCUGCGCUACGAGGUCCGCGGCAGACCCAAGGAGGUGCUGUACUGGCUGGCCGAGCUGAGGAACCCGGAGGCGGCGGUGACGCUGUCCGACGAGCACCGGGACUACCGCUGGGCCCGGCUGGAGGAAGCCUGCGGGCUGGCGGGGUACAGAGACCUGCAGGAGACACUGAGGGCCGCUCAGAGACACUUGGAGGCUCAGCUGGACUGAAACUGAGCGAGGAGCGUUCAAAUACAUUUUUUUGUGGUUGUUUUUUUUUUUGGGGGGGGGGGGGGGUUAAGUUAAAUAUUCUUCUCCCUCUGCAUCUAUAGAUUCUGCACUUCAAUCUACCGAGAAGUGAAAACGAAAGGAAUGAAUAUAAGACGCAGAUGUCAAAUGAUUUCAAGCAUCUUUGAACUAAACAAGCAGCUGAAAUGAAACACUUCGGGUGACCGGCGAUGAGUUUUAACGCCAACUUUUCUUUCUUUUCAUAAGUUAAACUGUCUUAAAAAAUAAUUCGUAUGUUUACUGUUAAAAAUCAUCUCUUAAUCUGGAACAAAAGUUCCUUUGAUCUGACCUAUCCGGGUUGCCUUUGGAAACACGUUUAUGCGUCUGUGAUGAUAUACUUUAUGGACAGGUACUCAAUUGGCUUCAGUCACAUGAAGAUCCUUAAAUAAAGACAUUUUAAUGAAAGAAGAAACUUUUUAUGUUAUGACAUCGCCUCAUGCUCACCCUUUGACCUUUGAUGAUUGUUGGAACAGCUCAGGCUCUUCAUCCGACUGCAUUGUCAUUUGUAGACACUAGACUGUACCACCAGGGGGAGACAAACACAACGCCACGAAGCUUAAAGAAUAUUGUUGACGAUUAAAAAAAUUAAUGCUGCACAGAAGAUGAGCGUGCAGCUUCAUUACUAUGAACAUGUAAGAAAUGGUGGCCUCGUUGAAAGCACGCGUGUUUUUAUUUCACACAGGGGUUUCAUCUCAUCAAAAACAUUUUUUUUAUAUAUUCAGGCUGGACGGCUCAGAUAAAAACAACAGUUUUCUGUUGAAUAGCUUUAAAACUAUUCCUGAGUGUAGAUUAGUAAAACUGGACCUGAAGGAGUAAUGCUUCCUUCUGUUCUUCCCUGCAACUGAAUGAGGUGAAAAUAGAUUUCUUCGUUGGCACUUUUUCUUCUUGAAAUGCUCUUUAGCUGAUGGACAGCAUGAAACAAAAGCUGUAAAAAUGAUUGAGUGCUUUGGAGCCAUACACCAACCACAAAAGCCAAAGUACAAACGUGGCGGAAAGAAGCGACAGUCACCGAUCAAGGACCAACUUUUAUUUAUUUCUUAAUGACUUUACAACUUGAACACAAUUAAUUUUACUCCUGCAUACUUUUCAGCUUUAGCCUGAAGACCUGCUUUCUUCAAGGUUUCGUGUUUGAUGAUAUUUAGGCUCGGCGAGGGAUAGCCAGUCAUUUUACAAUCAAACCCAACACCGAAGGGGGGUUUGCAAAAACGGAAAAAUCUGCACCCUUGCAACAGAAGAAAAAAUAAAUAAAUCGAAUGAUACCAAACAUGGAUCAGCAUCAACAGGAUGGACAUUGUGGAUGCGUCUAUCUUUCAGUAGUGACAUUGUGGAGUUUUUGGAAGGGAUUUGUUUACACAAGACACAUUAAAUUAACUAAAAGAUU